CGCCGUACGUGUGGGCAGAGGAAGAGGCGCCAUUGCUAACCUCUUUUUCCUAUUAAACUCAAACACCUUUGCCUCUCCACUCUGCUCAUCACCUAACUCGCCUAUUCUCUCUCCCCUUCUUAACCGCUACUAACUAACUAACUAACCAACGUCCCCAUUUUUACAUGGACCCCCUUCGCCGGCGUUCCUCUAAGCCCUCCGCCGCCGGCGAAUUUCACUCUCCUCCUCUCUACUUAGCUAACGCUUUGUUCUUCUCUCUUUUCUUCUCCGUCGCCUAUUUCCUCCUCCAUAGAUGGCGGGAAAAGAUCCGUACUGCCACUCCUCUUCAUAUUCUCACGUUCCCGGAGAUUGCCGCCUUGUUUUGCCUCGUCGGUUCUGUUAUUUAUCUCAUUGGAUUCUUCGGCAUUAGCGUUUUUCUUCCGUCUAAUCAGAAUUUCUCUUCUAAAGAAGAAGAAGAGGAAAAAGGUCGAUUUAGUCCUCGGAUUAAAACAGAUUGUAGUUUUGAUCCUUGUAAACCUAAGAACAGCUCUGUGAUUGACGGUGACGACGAGGAGGUUAUAAAAUCAGUAGUGGCCGGCUCCAUUCCGUCGUACUCUCUUGAAUCGAAGCUAGGCGACUGUAAAAGGGCGGCUGGGAUUCGGCGGGAGGCGCUCCAGAGGAUGACGGGGAGGUCUCUUGAAGGGCUGCCGUUGGAUGGGUUUGAUUACGAGUCGAUAUUGGGGCAGUGCUGUGAGAUGCCGAUUGGGUACGUGCAGAUUCCGGUGGGGAUUGCUGGGCCGUUGCUGUUGGAUGGGAACGAGUAUACGGUUCCGAUGGCGACUACGGAGGGUUGUCUUGUGGCGAGUACUAACAGGGGAUGUAAGGCUAUUUAUGUCUGCGGUGGAGCUACUGCUACUGUGCUUAAAGAUGGUAUGACCAGGGCUCCGGUUGUCACUUUUCCGUCUGCUAAGAGAGCUGCUGAUUUGAAGUUUUUCAUUGAAGAUCCUCUCAAUUUUGACACCAUUUCUGUUUUUUUCAACAAGUCAAGCAGAUUUGGAAAGCUACAAAAUGUGAAAUGUGCAAUAGCAGGAAAAAAUCUGUACAUGAGGUUUAAGUGCAGUACAGGGGAUGCCAUGGGAAUGAACAUGGUCUCUAAGGGAGUCCAAAAUGUUCUUGAUUAUCUCCAAAAUGAUUUCCCUGACAUGGAUGUAAUCGGCAUCUCUGGGAAUUUCUGUUCGGACAAGAAGCCAGCAGCCGUAAACUGGAUUGAAGGGCGCGGGAAGUCUGUAGUUUGUGAAGCUGUCAUAAAAGAAGAGGUGGUUCAUAAGGUACUGAAAACCAAUGUGGCCGCCCUUGUGGAGCUUAACAUGCUUAAAAACCUCGCUGGGUCGGCGAUCGCAGGAUCUCUCGGCGGGUUUAAUGCCCAUGCUAGCAAUAUUGUGACUGCUGUCUACUUGGCCACAGGACAGGAUCCUGCUCAAAAUGUAGAGAGUUCGCACUGCAUCACCAUGAUGGAAGCCGUUAACCACGGCAAGGACCUUCACGUAUCGGUCACCAUGCCUUCCAUUGAGGUGGGUACAGUGGGAGGUGGCACUCAACUGGCAUCACAAGCAGCCUGCCUGAACCUGCUCGGCGUGAAAGGUGCGAGCAAAGAUGGUCCUCCAGGGUCAAACUCACGGCUCCUGGCGACAAUUGUGGCUGGUUCUGUUCUGGCAGGAGAGUUGUCUCUUAUGUCAGCUCUGGCUGCAGGCCAACUCGUGAAGAGCCACAUGAAAUACAACAGAUCGAGCAAAGAUGUGUCAAGUAUAGCUAACCUUAACUGUAAGUGAAGUAGUUGAAAUAAUUUAAUAAUAAGAUGGCCAUGUGAUGUUAAGCCUUUGUUUUAACUUUAAUUAUCUUCUUUCUGGUUGUAUGUAUUAGGACAUGUUUGUGUUGUAUUGCUAGGUAUUUAGAUUUGUUUAAAUUUACAUUUGUAUUUUGUCUUUCCUUGUGUAGUCCCUGCUGUUUUUUUAAAUGAUCAUCAUUCAUCAA